UGUGACCCCCAGAGCCACGGGCAGCGCUGUCCGUGCCCUGUGUGACCCCCAGAGCCACAGGCAGCACUGUCCCUGCCCUGCCUGUCCCCUCGCAUCCCCGGCCGGCGGGUGCUGCCGUGGAUCACCACGUGGAGCCCACCAAGCUGUAGGAUUUCGGGUGGGGUUUUUUUCUUCUCUUUCCCAUUUUUUUUUGUCCCUCCCCCGUUCUGUUUUGGUGGGAAAAUGGUGCUGCUGGCGGGGGGUGAAGCUGCAGAUCUGAGCAUCUCCUUCCCCGGCAGCACCCCGGGGCUGGGGGGGCCGUGUCUGUGCGGGGCCGGGGCCGGGGCCGGAGCCGGUCCUUCCCCGGGGCCGGUCCAUCCCCGGGGCCGGUCCAUCCCCGGGGCCGGGCCGCUCCGCCCCGCUCCGCCCCCGGGCCCGCCCGUCCCGCCAUGGCGGCGGCCUUCACCGCCCUCCGCGUCCUGCUCGGGCUCUUCUUCCUCCUGACCGGCGUCCUGAAGCUCUCGGACCGGCUCUCGGCCGACCUGCACCGGCACAUGGCGUCAGAGUUCGUGCGCUUUGCCAAGGUGUUUCCCCUGAAGGAGUUGGGGUUCGUGCCGGAGCCGGGCGGGUACCUGGCGGCCGUGGGCUGGGUGGAGGCGACGGCCGGGCUGCUGCUGGCACUCGGGCCCCAACUGCUGCAGGAGAUCAGCAACUUCGUCCUCAGUGUCGUCAUGAUCGGUGCCAUCUACACACUGCUGGCGCUGCGGGAGCCGCUGGCCAUGUGUGCCCCGGCCACCCUCUGCCUCGGCCUCCUCCUGCUGCUCAACAUCCGCGGGUACCCGGCCGCCCCCCGGCCCAAGUUCGAGUGACCGGAGGCGGGAAGGACGGACUGCUCGGACGGCGGGAAGCGAUGCCUGUGUGAUAUGUUCAGGGAUGGCAUCGCUUCCUGCAAGGUAACUUGCUGCUGAGGCCCAGUGUGUCCUCUCCUGCCUCUGCCAGGGACCCUGGUGCUGGUUGUCCCCACGCUGUGGGCUGGUGCUGUGGGCUGGUGGCCGUGGCACCACUGUGACACUGCCGUGGCGCCGCCGCCGCUCCGGCAGCUCCGUUGCUAAACUUGCACAAGGUGUCUGGCUCUUCCCGGCGUUUGGCCACGCCGAGCAGGGGCUGGCUCUGCUCUCCUGGGGGCUUUCGUAUUUUGGAAUAAACCCUCUUGUUUUUCA